AUGCCGCACGCACGUCCUGUCCAUAUAUACCAUAAUACAUCCGAAUACAUCACGCACACAUCUCCCUCGGUAACCCCGAGGGCUCGCGCGAGGGAUUCGCAGGGAGAAACAAAACGAUCCGAUCCGGCGGAGGACAAGAGCGACGAAAGGGAGCGACACCCCUCGUCGGCUGCGUCGCCUAGCAACGCGGCCGCCCUAGGCCAGGCGUUGCCUAGCAACGCCCAGGUGUCGCGAGGUCCAAUCAACACAGGCCAUCUCAAGAUCAAUGUUUACACUGAGUGGAUGUCCUGGACCUCUGGAUGUGUGCAAUUUGUCGCUAGCGGGGCGAAAGACGCGCGGACGAACGGGGCGGAGGGGGGCGGAAGGGGGCGGCUUCCCCGACAGCACCCAGAAGGGACAACGUUGAUUGCGCUCACUUUUACUCUAUACUUGUAA